AUGUUCGGGUUCCAUAAGGACGCCCUGUACUGCCCGCAAAGAGUACCCGCGGCUCGGUCAAUACAGAAAUCUCGCACGGCACUGCAUUGGAUUCUCAUUAUAGCUGAAGAGCAAAUGGCCAAACGAGUAAACGAUCCCCCAAACUCGCUCAUUCUCAGCCAUUCAAUUUUGAAACGUAGAGCAAGCGGUUAUGGGAUGCUCAGAUCGCUGUUAAACAAUGCCGAUUUUGAUCUCGAGGGAGCCGUGAUGGCUUUGCGAUAUGCCAUAUCGGCUGAAUGCUACAUGAAUCACAAAGAAGCUGCUAUGGAACAUCUGAAGGCAUUGGAUGCUUUAUUGCAACGAUCCGGGGCCCUAGAACAUUUCGUCGUCAAUAUCGGCAAGACUGCGCUGUCACUCUCGACCCUCAAGAGAAUGUACGUGUCUGUGCCUUGCAAGAUAAGGUCUUUCAGCGAUUUUGAAACCAUCAAAACCAUGGUCUUCCUCAGCUUGCGGCGCUUACAGGCAUUGUCGAAGCAAAACCAUGCUGACCUGAUCCGUCACGCCUGCGCGACUUAUCUCAUCAGGACCGAAGGGAGCCACAAGGGUCAAACUCUUCCCCAGGAGCAUGUUACAGAAUCUGCAUCACAGCACUCUCUCCUUGACCGUUACAUCACAAUCAAGAAGUCAACGCUUUUCUCGACUUAUGCUUGUGAGACGACGAACGCCACGUGUGAUCCCAAAUGGAGAUUCACUUAUCAAGCAGGGCUCUUUGCGCUAUUUUACGAUAUGAAUAUGACGUUGGCAAGCUUUGGAAGGAGCAAUCUGGCCGACAAGAUCUUAUUCCUGGAAAAGCUCAAAUCUGUUUUAGAUGCCAGCUCCGCAAAAUCCCUUGGGGGAACCUCCGCACUGUCUAUUGUGGACUGGGUCCGCGAGCAAUGCUAUAGUGAGUGCUUCAAGAAGGACGAGGCUGUCUUCAAGGAAGUCGAUAUUUGCUCCUAUGAGAUGAAUAGUCUCAAGAUCUUUGCGUUACUGGACACUGAUCUGCGAAUCCGUCUGACGACGGCGUUACGGGCUUGGUUGUUGAUCGAUAUCAGCGUCGACAUCAACAUGGAGAGACAGGAUUUGAAAGAGGACGAUUUUGUGUCAAUGGAAGAACAAGUCACCAGGACCUGGAGGAGCGAACAGCUGACGCCAAACUCGUCGCCGUCACCAUGA